AGGAGGCAGUGCGGCGCGCGCACGGCGCUGCUUUUGUUCGUCCGCGCGUUUCUGAUGAGCUGGAUAUGCUCUGGAGACCUCCGGCAAGGCGGCUCUUAGGGGGCUUUUCACAAAACGCGCCUGGGCUGCUAUAAAGGAGGCCACUUCUGGAGUGGCCGCCGAGCAGUCAACAUCGAAAAAAAAAGCCCCAACCAAAUUAAAAAGGAAAAAAACCCGCACACGUUCUCAUCCCUCUCGCCCACCACCAUAAGACGACUCGGGGAUUCUUCAGCAUUUGGGCGCAUUCCCAAAUGUAUAAAAUGGAGUAUUCUUACCUCAACUCGUCCGCCUACGAGUCGUGCAUGGCCGGCAUGGACACGUCGAGCCUGGCGUCGGCCUACGCGGACUUCAGCUCGUGCAGCCAGGCCAGCGGCUUCCAGUACAACCCCAUCCGGACCACGUUCGGGGCCACCGGCGGCUGCCCGUCGCUGGCGCCCGGCUCCUGCAGCCUGGGCACGCUGAGGGACCACCAGAGCAGCCCCUACGCGGCAGUGCCCUACAAGCUGUUUACAGACCACGGGGGUCUGAACGAGAAGCGCAAGCAGAGGCGCAUCCGGACCACCUUCACCAGCGCGCAACUGAAGGAGUUGGAGAGGGUCUUCGCCGAGACCCACUACCCGGACAUCUACACGCGUGAAGAGCUGGCACUCAAGAUAGACCUGACUGAAGCUAGAGUGCAGGUUUGGUUCCAGAACCGACGGGCCAAGUUCCGCAAGCAGGAGCGCGCGGCCGCUGCGGCCGCCGCCGCCGCCAAGUCCAAUUCCGGCAAGAAAUCGGACCCGCGGGACGACGACAGCAAAGAUGGCAAGUCCACCGACCCGGACAGCACGGGGGGCCCCAACCCGGUGCCCACCUCCAACUGCGGAGGGCCCAGCCCCGCCGGCGUGCAGGUGAACGGCGGCGGCAACGGUGGACAGGAGGAGAGCGGCAAGGGCGCCGUGUCGUCCGGCAUGGGGAUCGGGGUGACGUCGCCGAGCCAAGGCUGGGCCGCCGCCCCGGGGACCAUCACCUCCAUCCCGGACUCGCUGGGCGGGCCGUUCGCCAGCGUGCUGUCGUCCUUGCAGAGACAGAACGGAGCCAAGGCUGCUUUAGUAAAAAGCAGCAUGUUCUAAGUGGUCACACACAAACUGAUGGACGCUUGACGGUCAAACCUGCUUUUGUUUCGUCUCCCUCUUGUGUGGCAUUUGCUCAACUAAAAUACACGUUCGGGGCACAUUGGGUAAACUGCAGUAAACCAGGUGGGUGGAAAAUAACCCAAGUUUACAAAACAACUUAAAAUUGGAUUG